UAUAUAUGAAUCGAAUAGAAGCAGUGGAUAUAGUUGGGAUAGCAAGGAAGAAAUGUCAGGAGCUCAAGGAGCGCAGCCGCCGGAGUCGUUCACGGCCACCACAUACAAGUCGGUAGCCGCCGCCACCGGCGAAAAAAAGACACGGAUGGAUAUUCACUCAAAACAGGAUGAGGGUGCAGUUCAAGUAGACAAAAAUCAAGACAAGGUGAAGGACGCCGCCGGCUUAGGGGGUCCAGUUUUCGGCGCUGGAAAAGACGACGAAAAGAAAGAUUUAGGUGUUUCCGGCACCGGCUAACUUCCUUACCCAAAAUCUAAAUAUGUAUGUGUUGUGUUUGAUGUGUUGUGAUUCUCCUAAGCUAAAUACAACUAGAGAUGUACUACCGUACACAUCAAUGGCUUCUUGUUCAUAUACGAACAAGAACACCUUCAAGGAUUAAUUAUCAUCAACUACACUCAAGUCUUUUCAAUAUUAAUAAUAAUAAUGGAAGGGCUUCAAUA